GUACCACACUUCUUCUCUUCAAAGUAAUAGGUUAUAACAUUAUUAUAUUUCUAAGUAAAAAUUCAUCCAUGGCUUCUUUUAAGACUGCCAUAGUUUUGUUUUUCCUAGUGAGUUUAAUGGGAAGCUCCACAGCUCAACUCACCACUGGAUUUUACUCAAAAUCAUGUCCUAAGCUCUAUGAAACUGUGAAAUCUGUUGUUCAUUCUGCCAUUCAGAAGGAAACCCGAAUGGGUGCUUCCCUACUUCGCCUAUUCUUCCACGAUUGCUUCGUCAAUGGAUGCGACGGAUCAUUGUUCCUGGAUGAUACAUCAACCUUCACAGGCGAAAAGAGGGCACAGGCAAAUUUCAAUUCUGUCAGAGGAUUUGAAGUUAUUGACGACAUCAAAUCUGCUGUCGAAAAGGUCUGCCCCGGUGUCGUCUCUUGUGCUGAUAUUUUGGCCGUUACUGCCCGCGACUCUGUUGUCAUCCUUGGAGGGCCAAAUUGGGAUGUAAAACUGGGAAGAAGAGAUGCCAGGACAGCAAGUCAAGGUGCUGCGAAUAACAGCAUUCCUCAACCAACUUUCAACCUUAACCGUCUCAUCUCUAGCUUCAGUGCCGUUGGUCUUUCCGCAAAGGACAUGGUUGCCUUAGCUGGAGCUCAUACCAUUGGACAAGCAAGGUGCACCAGUUUCAGGGGACGUAUAUACAACGAGACCAAUAACUUGGACCCAUCACUAGCACGAACCAGGCAAACCAACUGCCCUAGAACCUCAGGCUCAGGGGACAACAACUUGGCACCUCUUGAUUUACAAACUCCUACAUACUUCGACAACCACUAUUUCAUUAACCUUGUUAGCAAAAAGGGUCUUCUCCACUCUGAUCAGCAGUUCUUCAGCGGGGGAUCCGUCGAUUCAAUUGUGAAAUCAUACAGUAAUAAUCCCAGAAGUUUUGCCACUGAUUUUGUGACCGCUAUCAUUAAGAUGGGUGACAUUCGUCCCCUCACUGGAUCUAAGGGAGAGAUCAGGAAGAACUGCAGGAGGAUCAACUAAUUUAGCUACUUUGCUUAAUUUUAAGUGUGUUUAUUUUCACUUUUCAAUUUGCUGUUUUGUUGGCUCAAUGGCUGUUACCUACCCACUCCGUCACAGCUUCAAGUGCCACUUUUUUCUACACUGCAGUAUGCUAUAUUUGUAUCGUAUUUGAGUUUUAUGAAUAAAAUACCUUUCUUUGUUAAACGUCUAAGAAAAA